CCCCUUGGCCCCAUACCCUUUCCAUAGCGAGGAUCAACAACUGUGAGUUGACACUCAUCCACUGUGAUCACCCGACUGCUCACAAAACCCAGUAGACCAACGCAACUCCCAAGCACCGUGACCCUGAGGAAGAGCGACAGCAGAUCAAGACGGAAGAUAACUGGCCUCCUCUUCUACUACCAGUUUCACGAGGACCAGCUCAGCUAUCUGCCCCUCAUCUGGAACUACAUGACCGUGAGGAGCUCCGGGAGCCCUGGAGACGAGAUCAGUCGUGUCACGGUGGACAAGACCUGAUUUGGCUACGCUAGCAUUCUCCGGUACCAUCGUUUAGAGUUUGAGGUGAUGUACGAGUGUCUGGCAGACGUGAGAUCACCACCUCGUGACUACUACCUCCGACUCCUCUGUGAUGAGCGAUGUGGGACACCACGUUCGAGAACCACGAGAGUUUUUCAACGACUUGUACCAUCGAUUCCUCCUCUCACCCAAACCCUCCAUGAAGGCCAUGUGUCUCCAGGCGAUGGCCAUAGUGUACGGUCGAUGUCACGAGGAGAUUGGUCCGUUCAAUGACACUGCCUUCAUGGUCCGCAAACUGGAAGAGUGCGAAAAUCGGACAGAGAGAGACCGACUCCUCCAGUUCAUCGACAAACUCCUCCACAACCGACACAACGUGAAGCUGUUCCUGGACACCAACGGAGUGCGGGUCCUGGUCGACCUGGUGACGCUGGCUCACCUGCACACCCAGCGAGCAUACGUCCCUCUCCAGACCAGCUCCCUGGAGGCCUCCCCCGACCAGCAGAGGGACACAGAGAAGGAGUGGUACUACGGAAACAAGGACAAGGAGAGAGAUGGUCCUUACAGUUUUGGAGAGAUGAAGGAGUUGUGGAAGGAAAGUACCAUCCAUCAGAAGACCCGGUGCUGGGCUCAGGGAAUGGAGGGCUGGAGGCCACUGGAACAGAUCCCGCAGCUAAAGUGGCAGCUGAUGGCUCAGGGGAUGUCCCUCAUGAACGAGAGUGACAUGGCCACCCUCAUCCUCAACAUCUUCAUCAGGAUGUGCGAGUUCUAUCCCUCGCGUGACGCCGAGAAUGCCAUCGUGAGGCCCCUCCCACGAGCCAAGCGGCUCCUCUCCGAACCAAACGCCCUCCCCCACAUCGUCCAAUUACUGUUGACCUUUGACCCCAGUCUCGUGGAGAGAGUAACGAAACUCUUGAAUAUCAUUCUGGAGGACAACCCCCAGCUGCCGAGGGCGUUCUCAACCGGAGUAUUCUUCUUCAUCCUCAUGUACACUGGCUCCAACAUUCUCCCCAUCGCUAAGUUCCUCAAAUACACUCACAUGAAGCAGUCAUUCAGACCUGAUGAGCAACAGAGCAGUGACAUCAUGCAGCGGAGUAUCCUGGGCCAGCUGCUGCCAGAGGCCAUGGUGUGUUUCCUCGAGAACCACGGAUCAGUCAAGUUCAGUGAGACAUUCCUCGGGGAGUUUGAUAACCCUGAGGCCAUCUGGAACGGCGAGAUGAGGAGGAUGAUGAUAGAGAAGAUAGCAGCUCAUAUUGCAGACUUCACUCCUCGACUCCAGAGCAACACCAGAGCCACAUACCAGUACUGUGCCAUGCCGGUGGUGCGGUACAAGCAGCUGGAAGACGAGCUGUUCUGUAACAUCUACUACCUCCGUCACCUCUGUGACACCCUCCGGUUCCCAGACUGGCCCAUCAAGAAACCGGUGGCCCUCCUGAAGGACGUACUGGAGGAGUGGAAGAAGGAGGUGGACAAGAAGCCACCAGAGAUGUCGGUGGACCAGGCCUACGAUGCUCUUGGUCUCAAGACUGGAGUUGGAGGUCAUGAGGAGAAUGUCGUCAGAAAAGCCUACUUCAAACUGGCUCAGAAGUACCAUCCCGACAAGAACCCUGAUGGAAGAGUAAGCCACACCCCCUCCCAGUACAUCCCUAUCUUUUCCCUGUUCUAUAGUACAAUAUUUUCACUAGCCCAAAUAGCCAGUCUGGGAAUCAGCCACUAGGUACCACAAACUACACUCUUCUCAAAUCAUAGUUUUUCACACAAAGAGUUCUUCAGACGAGAAGAACAUUAUAUAAACAUGUCUCUAUGGUACCAAAUAUUGACACAGUGGCAGCAGUUUUCAGUGGUUAAUUAACAGUACAGUUUAAGUUACUCACACCCGCUAUGCUUACGGAUAUAAAUAUGUGGCUUGACAUUGAAAAUUAUGUCACUGCAAUGUCUAUAGUUUGAGUGGCACCCACCCACACUCUCUCCUCACUUCUGUCUCCCGUUCUCUCAUUCUCUCUACCCCCUCCUCCCUCUCCCCUCCCUCCCUCUCCCCCUCUCUCCACCCCGUCCACAGGACAGAUUCGAGGCGGUGAACAAGGCCUAUGAGUUCCUGUGCUCCAAGAAUGCCAAGAGAACCGAGGGUCCAGACCCAGUGAGGAUUGUUCUGCUGCUGCAAGACCCAGUCCAUUCUCUUCCAGAGAUAUGCCGAUGUACUGCGGCCGUACAAGUAUGCGGGGUAUCCGAUGUUGAUCAAGACCAUUCAGCUGGAGACUGGAGAUGAUGAGCUGUUUUCCAAGUCUGCACCCAUCCUCACUGCCGCCAGCGAGGUCUCUCUCUCUCCCUCCUCUCCCUCCAUCCUC